UCUCUUAUAAAACCUUGUUUUUAUAUAAAUGUAUUUUCAAAAAUGUAUUGCACGUUAAUUUUGGUAAUAACAAUGUGUAAUAUUGGUACCACACACACAAGAAGAAAUGUUACUUGGGUCAAUGCUUGGAACGACUGUACUGUUGCAAAAUUAGAUAACAUCAGAGGAGAUGCUGGUGAUAUUGACAUUCCGGAUAUUUUACCAGCCUGGACAGGAUCAUCUGUACAAGUGUCAGAAUGGGCAACGGUAGUUGGUUGUAUGUGUAAAUCAACAGUAGGCGCAAUGGAUAAAACAUUCAAUGAGUUUCCUCAUGAUGGAGAUCCAGUAAUCUCUAUUGAUGAAUUUCAAUGUGCCUUUAGUUGUACAAAGAUAACAAACUUUUUCACUUACAAGGAUCAUUUUUGCCAAUGUCUCAACAAUCAUACAACUACACAAAUGAACACACUAGAUAAAAUGAGACAAAAUUGUGCACGACCUUUACAUGAUCCAAGUCAGUGUGACUUCCUAUUGUAUAAAUUCCAGUCCUACGACGAGAGAAAAAUACAGAAACGAAUCACCGAUAGAUAUUUAUUUCAGUGUAUCAAACUAAAACAAAUGACUGGAAAUGAUAAAGCACAUUAUCAGUAUGCUACAACUAGAUUCAAGGAAGAUCUGGCCAAUCCAAACUCUAAAAGGACAAGAAUAGUUACUCCAGAGUGGUGA